AUGACAGUCAUCCUCGUGACAGGCGGCAACCGCGGCAUCGGACUUGCCAUAGUCCAAGCAGUGGGCACACGAGUAGCGGAUGCCACCGUGCUGGUUGGCUGCCGAUCUACAGCCAAUGCAGAAGAGCCCAUCAAAGAGCUGAAGAAGUUGGGGGUUCCAGCAAAGCUUAAAGCUCUCGAGAUCACCAUCACGGAUGACGCCAGCAUCCGAGCUGCCGUCAAGGUUGUCGAAGAGAAUCAUGGGAAGCUGGACGUCCUAAUUAACAACGCCGCGGCUGUUACCCUACCAAAGUCGACCGACUUGACCGAUGUCAGGGAAAGCUGGGCUCGGACGUUGGACUGUGUCGCAACAUCGCAGGUCCUUGUCACAAAGGCCUUUCUACCGCUUCUUCGCAAAGCCGAAUGGGGCAGAGUAGUGAUGAACUCCAGUGCUCGGGGAAGCAUUGGUAGGAACAUCGCCUUGGAGCUGCCUCCGUCGCCACACUGGCUGUACAAUUGCUCGAAGGCCGCACUGAACCUCGCGACCAUUGACUUCCGAAAUGCCGAAGUCAGGGACAUACCUGACGAGAGGGACCACAUCACAUUCUGGACUGUAAGUCCAGGACAUUGUAAGACCGGGUUCAACAACUUCAGGGGCGUGAAAGAUCCGGCCGAAGGAGCUGAGGUAAUCGCUAGAUUGUUGGAGUCGAAGCGCGGCGAGAUUUCUUCAGCAACGUUCUGGGAGUUUGAAGAGGGCAAAUUCCAGCAAGUCCCCUGGUGA